AUGCAUUUGAAAACUGGAUUAAUAUUUUUGAUCAUUUGCCUUGCUCUCCAAGUUCAGGGAAGCAGAGAAAUUCCUAAUAAAAUAAACCGUGCUGAUGCCAAACAUCUUGCAGUCACCUCAGGGUCAGACAAAACAGAAAGAACAACAAAGAGGUCCAGGAUAUCGACCAUAAGGCGGAUAUUUGACAUGGCAAAACACCGAACAAAGAGGUCAUCCUUUUUCUCAACUGGUGUGAAAGUUUGUCCACAAGAAUCAGUGAAGCAGAUUCUAGCCAGCCACCAAGCUUACUAUAGAUUAAGAGUCUGCCAGGAAGCUGUGUGGGAAGCCUUUCGUAUUUUUCUGGAUCGGAUUCCUGAUACUUCUGAAUAUCAGAACUGGGUUACUGCCUGCCAGAAGGAAACCUUUUGCAUAUUCGACAUUGGCAAAAACUUCAGCAAUUCCCAAGAGCACCUAGAAAUAAUUCAACGGCGAGUAAAACAUAGAACCUUCCAGGAAAGGAAAGAUGAAAUAUCAGCAGAGAAAACAGGAGGCAAAAAGGUGGAAGACAUUCCCCCCGUUUCUACAGGCUCUCCUGGCACACCCCUCUCUCCGUAUGCCCCUAAUGGCACAUUGCUCAACGAAAUUUUCAACGACACAAAGGCUCCUGUGAAGGAGCUGGGAACAAAUGCAGUCCCUGAACUGCCUGUGGAGCAAAUGGUGGAAUUCAGUGUCACUCUCACUGAUCAGGAGUACACAGCUGAACUUAGUGACCCCAGCUCCCCGGAGUACCAACAGCUAGCUGCCAAAUUUCAGCUACAGAUGAAAAAAAUAUUUGAAAAACUUCCAGGAUUCAAAGAAAUCCGCGUGUUAGGAUUCAAACAGAAGAAGGAGAAAGAUGGGUCAAGCAGCACAGUAGCACGAUACGUGGUGAACUUUGAGAGAGAUGGCUCAGAAACCAAAGGCACAGCAGAUGACAUCUCAACUAUUGGAUCUAAUAAGGUUGAAAGCGAAAAAAUACCAAUUUCUCCAGUUGAAGAGAGGGAAAUAUCAGCAACUAAACUGACAGUAACAGACCUUCAGCAGCUGGUUGCCACUGCACUCCAUGAAGACCAGUCCCUGCCAGUGGACCUUGGAACACUUCAGUUUACUGAUGAAACUAUUAUACCACCUAGUGAUUUAGACAAUGAUAUUCAAGGUGUGGUCACUAUUCCUCUGGCAGGCCCUGAUUUGGAGGAACUCCCACUAGGUUAUCCCAGUCCAGCAACAGUGGAUCAAAGAGGAGAUGUAUUUGUUGAUGAAUUUACAACUGAAAGCCCUGCCCUGAGUGAAGAGAUCAGCAUCCCUGAAGAAUUUAAUAAUUUUAUUACAUCUGAACCUGAUUUUCCUACCAAACCCUCUAGAGAACCAUUCCAGGACAGAUACCCAUACACCCAAGUUAUUGCUACCGACCACCCAAGCAUCACAGUGCCUUUCAGUGCUCUGGGUAGCACCAGCAGUCCUCCAAAAUCAGAGGAUUCCUAUUUGCCUCCCCCAGCAGAUGAUUCUGCUGGCAAAGACUUGCUCACCGACGGCUACGAGCCCCCAGUGGAGCUGGCCAUGGCAGGAAGCUUCACCACACCUGAUCUCCUGCCCACCAGAGAGGGGGAGAGUGAAGCUGAGGAGGGGCAAGAACUGACUGAUAUAGCAGAACCUCCUUUCAAGGAGGUUGACCAAGACAGUCUGUCUGAACAAGCAGUUAAGAUCAUGGAAGAACCAGAAUCAUCAGGUGAUGACAUUUUUGUUACAGCCAGCACUUAUGAAAGGUUGCCUUUCUUUACUGGCCCAAGUGAUGUCUCUACCGUGCAGCCUGGAGCUGUUAUUACAGAUGUGCUGCCCUCAAUAGCACCGCUGCCUGCAGCCACCAGCCCAUCCUACAGCCCCUCUGAGAUCAUCGAGCAGUCCCUCGAGUCACCAGAUUCCUCAGCUCCAGCCCCUGAGGGCGUUCCUACGGAUGGCACCGGGAUGGGAGUGCAGGACAUCGCUGCUGAGCUGGACCAGAUGGGCGCGGUGAGCACGGCAGCGCUGGACGAAGGCGAGCAGGGCAGUGGUUACAUCUCGGUGCUGACCACCGAGCCCGCAGAAACCACCCCAGCACCGGUGCUGAAGUAUGUAACAACCAGCACCAUGACAACUGCAGCCAAAGGCAAAGAGCUCGUGGUUUUCUUCAGCCUGAGGGUAACCAACAUGCACUUCUCUGAUGACCUCUUCAACAGGAGUUCGACAGAAUACAAAGCACUGGAGCAACAGUUCAUGCAACUGCUCCUUCCAUACCUUCAGUCCAACCUUACAGGUUUUAAGCACUUGGAAAUUCUCAACUUCAGGAACGGAAGUGUGAUUGUGAACAGCAAAAUGAAAUUUGCCAAGACAGUGCCAUACAACAUCACAGAAGCAGUACACUGUGUUUUGGAAGAUUUCUGUGAUGCUGCAGCCCAGCACCUCAAUUUGGAGAUUGACAGCUAUUCCCUGGACAUUGAGCCAGCCGAUCAGGCAGACCCCUGCAAAUUCAUGGCAUGUGACAAGUUUUCCGAGUGCGUAAUGAACGAGUGGACAAAAGAGGCUGACUGCCUUUGCAAGCCUGGCUAUGCCAGCCAGGAUGGAUUUCCCUGCCGGAGCCUGUGCGAGCUGGAGCCCCAUCUCUGUGUCAAUGGUGGGAAAUGUGAGCUGGUUCCAGGAAGAGGAGCUGUCUGCAGAUGCCCCGUACGUAGACACCAGCUUUACCAAGGACAGCGCUGUGCAAAAUUUGGUCCAGAACCCAUACAACCCUUCACUUUUAAACCUCUCAUUCUUGGCUUAGGAAGCCUUGGUUUUCUUUUCAUCAUUUUAAUUAUUAAGAUAAGAAGAAAAUGCAAAAGAAACUCUAAUUUGCAAAGUCCUACUCUCAGCAGCUGCAAUUCAGAAAAUGCUGUAAGGAUUAAUCCUGCUUUUGAACACGAUGAGCCCCUGUCUAGCUUUUGUCACACGCCUUGCAGUGUAAGUGCUUGUCUCAGUUCCUCAGAGAUCCUUGAUCACGAAGCAUUACAUGAACUUGAAAACACAAUUCAGCCUGGAGGUCACCAGAUGAGUUUACAAAACCAAGACUGACAAGUUAGUCUCUGGAAUUCUUCAUUUCCAGCAUCAGCCAGACAAAACCAAGGUAUUCAAGAAAGAAGGUCUGCAUUAUUCAAGAUUAGACUGCAGGAUGAGUAUGGAAAAAAAAAAGCAAGGAUUCCUAAAGAUACAAUAUUUUGGCUCUAAAAUCAGUGCACAUUAAAAGAAAUAGUUUUACUGAAGGAAAGCAAAUGACCAAGUUGAGCAGCUUCUGAGCAUGUCUAAAAUGCCUGGUAGGAAGUCCCCACUAUUAAGAUGCAUGCGUUAAGCUUCUGGUGCUUACACAUCUUAAUUGUUUUAUUUAAGAGCUGAGUGCUAGAAACAGAUUUUGCUGAGAUGUGACAUUUUUCAAUAUUGUAUGUUACAACCAUUCUGGUAAAAAAUGUCAAUGGAACUUCAGUGCAUUUCUAUAGCCCUUUAUUUACCUUCCUUACACACACUGAUGCAAAUGGUGAAUGAAAAUAAGAACUCCCAUUGACCAAAGGCUACAUUCAAAGCACUUGGGAACUUCAUUCCCUCCCUGAAUGCUCACAUUGCAAAUCAUACGGAAGUUGAAUUUUUCAAGGGUUUCUAUGAACAUCAGAUUCCCAUUUUUCUGUUAAUAAAUACAUCAU